AUUUCUCCAACAACUAAAGGAAGAGAAUUCUGAGUUAAUUAGUAAAUUGUGGACUGAUAUGCAGCAGAAAAUAGCGACACAGUCACAAAUAACCCCUCCAGAAACUCCAUCAUCUGCCCUUUCAUCAGGGGAACAAAGAGCUGCUCUGAAUGCUACCAGCGUUGUCAAUAGAAUUCAACCCAGACUUCAGCCUGAAGAAUCUGCUGAGACUCUAGAUUCAAGCUGUGUUGUGGGACAAGUGUUGAACUCAAGGAAGCAAAAACAGCUGUUUAAUAAAGUGAAAGGAAAACCGGAUUUGUGUGUACCUUCCAAGCAGAAGAAAAACAUAUUAUCAAGUAGUACAACCUCUGCAGACUUACCAAGUAGCAAUAAUUCCAGCCUGGAUGUCCUCAAACACAUGAUACAUGAAGUAGAACAUGAAAUGGAAGAAUAUGAGCAGUGGACAGGACGUGAGGUCAAGAGACUGCAGAGCAGCCAGGGUCUUACCGGCUUCACGUUGUCACUGGUGAGCUCCCUCUGUCGCCUGGUUCGGUAUCUGAAAGAGAGUGAGCUCCAACUACGUAAAGAAGUAGAGACAAGGGAGCAACUGCAACAACUAUUAGGUGAUCAUCGAGAGCUCAUUGAUGCUCUGACAGCUGAAAUUCUUCUUCUUAGAGAAGAAAAUACUACUACACAGGCAAGACUUCAGCAGUACAUGGUCACAACAGAUGAACAACUUAUAUCACUCACACAUGCCAUUAAGAACUGUCCUGUGAUAAAUAACAGACAAGAAAGUCAGGCACCAGAAAGGGGACUCACAAGUAGAAGAAUUAUGGACAAUCCAGAGGGUCCAACUGUUAAUGCUAAUGUCUCCAUGCCAUCAGUGUUCAGAGGGGAAGAAGUGGUUGAAUUUCCACAGGAAGAGUUACCUGUUAAACUGUCUCAAGUGCCAACCCCCCCAGAUAGUGUGAAUCUGGCCAACGAUUUUCCAGCGCAUACUUUUGAGCCAGCUGUGUUGUUAACACCACCGAGGCAGAAGAGCAAUUCAGAAUUCUCUCCUCUGCAGGAUGUAUUGAGGAGGACUGUUCAAACUCGUCCUGCUCCACAAAUUCCUCCAACUGUGGAAUUAGUUGAGAAGGAACCAAAUUGGGAAAAGAAGACCUUACCUAUUGAUACAGACAUUCAGAAUUCAAGUGAGGAGAGCCAUCUCUUCACUGAGAGGUGGAGAGUCUCUCACAUGGGAGAAGAUUUGGAGAACAAAACUCAGGCUCCUUUUGUGAACCUCUCACAGCCUCUCUGCAAUUCCCAUUCCAGUAUACAGCAAUCAAGAAAUCCUGUGUUCUCAGAAGAGCCCCUGGUAUUAGGAGAUGGGCAACAGCUUAGAACAAGUGAGCUGUUAACACAAAGAAAGGACAUAAUGGCGCGAAUUGCUGAGUUAACACUGCGGAAUUCGGCUGUCAAGGCACAUCUGAAUAUUAUUGGGCCAGGGGGAGAGCAAGGGGAUGGACUCCAGGAGUUGAACAAGCAGGAAAGUGCAAGCAACAUGACUGCUAAUUUUCCAGUAGCACAGUCUCUAUCACCAAGUAGCAUGGAGGAACGGAUUGCAGAAUUGAAUCGACAGAGUAUGGAGGCCCGUGGAAAACUCCUGCAGUUGAUAGAGCAGCAGAAACUUGUUGGUUUGAAUCCUUGCUCUCCACAAGUGUCACCUGUUCAGUCACUUCUCAGAGCAUGGACUGAAGGAGGAAAAAGGACAAUUGAAGUAUCUAUUCCAGGAGCAGAAGCCCCAGAAAGCUCAAAAUGCAGUACUGUCUCUCCUGUCAGUGGGAUACAUACAAGAAGGUCCUCAGGGGCUACUUGUAAUUCUUGUUCUCCAUUAAAUGCCACCUCAGGAAGUGGACAAUUCACACCUGUUAAUCCAAGAGCAAAGAUUGAGAAACAAAAUGAAGAAGGCUGGUUUGCUCUUUCUACCCAUGUGUCAUAAGUGAAGUCAAGUUUUAUGAAAUUUGUUCUCAACAAUUUAUUCUCGAUCUUUCACUCCCCUUUCCCUGCUCUUGCUUUCAAGUUUUUACAUCCUUCUUUCAGAUAAAACCUACAACAAUUCCGUGAAAUAAUACUAAUAGAACAGAGAAGAAAAGCAAUUAUUUUAAUUUUUGACCUUUUCAAAUAGGGUUUUAACAACCAACCAACCAACCUACAACUUUCUGUGAAUAAAAUUUUGACUGUAGGGAAGCUAAAGUUUUAUAUCCUAAUAAUUUCUUAAGUUUCUUAAGGGUUUUUUUGAGCAACAUGUUUUUACCUUUAUCAUUUUUAUUCAGCUUUUUUUGUUGUUUUGUUUUUUAUUUUAAAUAA